GGAGGAAAAAAGCAGCAUUCAUGGUAGUAACCCCAAGCCUCGUAUCUUCGUAACAUCGCCUCGACUUGGGUUCUCUCCACUGCCAAGGAAAAUCAUAUGGGAUUUUGUUUCACUUCUUUCCGCAACCCUUAAUUGAUCAUCUACUUUGGGCUUGGAGAUGUUUAUUUUGAGCAUGAGAAUCCCUCCGACUAAAUCUUUGCCUGAGUUGGAUUGAUUUUCGAUGCUUUGAGAAACCACACCCUUCCGAAGCUUCUGCGGGUACUGUCGAUCCCCUGAACGAUGAAUUCCAGAAGGGAAUACCGCAGCAGUAGAGCUGCACUUUUUGAUGGCAUUGAAGAGGGUGGCAUCAGGGCCUCGCCCUCUUACUCUUCCCAUGAAAUUGAUGAGCAUGAUAAUGACCGAGCCAUGGAUGGUCUGCAAGAUAGAGUCAUUAUGCUGAAACGAUUGACAGGUGAUAUUCAUGAGGAAGUGGACAAUCAUAAUCGUAUGCUGGACCUCAUGGGCCAUGACAUGGAUUCAUCAAGGGGAAUUUUGUCAGGAACUAUGGAUAAAUUCAAGAUGGUAUUUGAGACCAAAUCCAGCCGGAGAAUGUUUACUCUAGUUGCAGCUUUUGUGAUCCUUUUUCUGAUCUUAUACUAUCUUACCAGGUGACUGGUUUGAAGAAGUUCGACAUUGUUACUUCAUGUUCAGAAACUUGGAAAAGUUUAUUUUCUUUCUUUCUUUUUUUUUUAACGUUAGUUUCUGCAAGUAAAGAUGUUUUGGGUAUGCAAUAUGUGUAAUGACAUCUUAUUGAGAGAGAAUUGAUAUGAAAUGGCUGGUAUUUUGCGA